AUGCUCUUGGACGCAGGACCGCAGUAUCCCACCAUAGGAGUCACUACUUUCGGCUCCUCACGGCAUCACUCAACAGGCGAAGUCACAGAGAGAGAAGUGGCGUUGGGGAUAAAUCCGUUCGCGGAUGGGAUGGGCGCCUUCAAAAUAAACCACAGCUCCCACGACAUCGGCUCCGGGCAAACGGCGUUUUCCUCCCAGGCGCCGGGCUACGCCGCAGCUGCCCUGGGACACCACCACCACCCGACCCACGUUGGCUCUUACUCCACGGCGGCUUUCAACUCCACCAGGGACUUUCUCUUCAGAAAUCGGGGUUUCGGGGACGCCGCCGGGGCUCAGCACAGUUUGUUCGCCUCCGGAAGUUUCGCAGGGCCACAUGGACACUCAGAUGCAGCGGGGCACCUGCUCUUCCCGGGGCUCCACGAGCAAGCGGCGAGCCAUGCGUCUUCCAACGUGGUCAACAGCCAGAUGCGGCUGGGCUUCUCGGGGGACAUGUACGGACGGGCCGACCAGUACGGCCACGUCACGAGCCCACGGUCCGACCACUACGCGUCGACCCAGCUGCACGGCUAUGGCCCCAUGAACAUGAAUAUGGCCGCGCACCACGGAGCAGGGGCCUUCUUUCGAUACAUGAGGCAGCCGAUCAAACAAGAGCUCAUCUGCAAGUGGAUCGAGCCGGAGCAGCUGACGAAUCCUAAAAAGUCGUGCAACAAAACUUUUAGCACGAUGCACGAGCUGGUGACCCAUCUGACGGUGGAGCAUGUGGGGGGGCCGGAGCAGACCAACCACAUCUGCUUCUGGGAGGAAUGCGCCAGAGAAGGAAAGCCAUUCAAAGCCAAAUACAAACUUGUAAAUCAUAUCAGAGUACACACCGGAGAAAAGCCCUUUCCGUGUCCGUUCCCCGGCUGUGGCAAAGUAUUUGCGCGAUCGGAAAAUCUAAAAAUUCACAAAAGGACUCACACCGGUGAGAAGCCUUUUAAGUGUGAGUUUGAAGGCUGCGACAGGCGAUUUGCAAACAGCAGUGACCGCAAGAAACACAUGCACGUCCACACUUCUGACAAGCCCUAUCUCUGCAAAAUGUGCGACAAGUCAUACACACACCCCAGCUCCCUCCGAAAACACAUGAAGGUCCAUGAGUCCACCAAUCCAGCACCGCAGCCAUCUCCAGCGGCCAGUUCAGGGUACGAGUCCUCCACACCUCCCACUAUAGUAUCGCCGUCCACAGAGAACCAGAGCAGCAGCUCCAUAUCACCAGCAGCCUCAGCAGUACACCACACAACCAGCCACAGCACGCUGUCGUCAAAUUUCAAUGAAUGGUACGUGUAAAUAUUUUUGAAAAAAAAAAAGGAAAAGAGAAAAAAAAGACUGCAGAAUUUAAAAAAAAAAUUCAACUGCUUUGGAAUCAAAGACUUUAUAAAGUCAGCCAGUGAAACAUGGACUGAGAAAACACGGGGGGCCCGAACGAUCAAUUAAAGGCUGUCGUAAUGUCAAUGAGAGAGAAUGCAUGGACGAAAAGGAGGCAAGGACAGCCACCCAGUUUAACUUUUUUUCCCCUCAAUAUUUCUUUUGAGUCUUUAUUUUUACUGAGAGACUGCGCAAAAAGAGAUCUCAAAAAGCAUGCUAUCUCCGGGUAGAGGCCUGAAUUUUUGUACAUACGGAUUUCACCAAGUUGGGAAAAAAAAUGUAAUAUUUUAUUUUGUAAAUAGUUCUAUCACAGUUUAAGGGAAUUUGUGAAAAUGUGGUCCCUAGAUAUAUGGA